AUGGCAGUCUUGAGAGUGAAGUUCACCAAGACCAAGAGGGACAAGCUGGCCCAGGUGCUGUGGAUCCUGAACUGGAUCUCAGUGGUGACAGGGGCCAUCCUGUUCAGCCUGGGGCUCUUCCUCAAGGUGGAGAUCAACAAACGGGAAGAGCUGAUGGCUGAGAGGGACAUCCAGUACGUGCCCAACAUGCUGAUUGCUGUGGGCCUCAUCGCCUGUGCCAUAAACUUCCUGGGUGGGAAGAUUUGCUACGACUGCGUGGACAGCACCAAGUUCUUGCGCUGGAAACUGAUCAUGCUGCCCUACAUUAUAUGCACCUUCUUCUUUACCUUCUGCGUGCUGGUGGGAGCUCUGAUGUGUUACAGCAUGCGUGGGGAACUAGAGGAGUCUCUGAACCUGGGCCUGACAGACGCCAUGAGGUUCUAUAAGGACACCGACACACCAGGACGAUGUUUCCUGAAGCGCACUGUAGACAUGUUGCAGAUAGAGUUCCAGUGCUGUGGAAACAAUGGCUAUAAAGACUGGUUUCAGAUUCAGUGGAUCAGCAGCCGUUACCUGGAUAUGACCCAAAAAGACGUGUCAGACCGAAUAAGAAGUAAUGUGGAGGGGAAGUACUUGAUGGAUGGAGUCCCCUUCAGCUGCUGCAACACCUUCUCCCCCCGGCCCUGCAUCCAACAGCAGAUCACCAACAACUCCGCUCACUUCAACUACGACCACCAGACGGAGGAGCUGAACCUGUGGAUGAAAGGGUGUCGGCAGGCACUGCUGGAGUACUAUACCCACAUCAUGCAGUCCAUUGGCCUCACAGUCCUCAUCACUUGGCUGUUUGAGCUCUCAGUGUUGACAGGAGUUCGUUUCCUCCAGACCUCCCUGGAAAAUGUUCUGAGGCAGGGCGACCCGAACUCUGAGUCCGACGGCUGGCUGCUGGAGAACAGCUUUAUGGAAACAGCCCGCAUCAACCUCAACAUCAUCAAAAGCCUUGGCAAGUGCAACCAGAUAGACACAGCCAACAAUGGAGACCCCAACAUCAAUGUUCCAUCCACCUCUAAAGCACACUAUGGGCCAGAUAAUGUGCCCCCGAAGCAAACACCUGAAGCCAGUUGA